CUGACGUGUUGUAUCCCGACCGCGCCCGGGUUAUCCCGACGAAUACAUCCGCGGGAUACAACGAAUACAGCGAAUACAGCGAAUAAAUCGAAUACAGUGGGUUGUGAUGUGACACGGUGUCUGUGUGUUUGUGUGUGCAGUGCAAUGGAGUAUUCGUGUUUUGUGUGUGCUAGACUUUUGGAAGAGGGUCCCGUUUCGUAAUGAUAACCCGGUAAAUGGUCCGCCGAAGACUUUCCACAAAACAAAAUGGUGGACUUAUAGCAUCGAGUAUACUCCGUACCACAUACCUCCUCAAACGCGGGCGCCGGAAGCGGAAAAAUGUUAAUACUGAUCAUCCUCCACUUCAUAACGCUUCCCGCACUCACCUCCCGAAUCGUAAGAGGAGAAAACACAAUGGAAGACAAAAAUGUACCUUUAAUAAGCUCAAGAGUAGUUAGGACUAAAUACGGUGAUAUAAGAGGUUUUAUAGUGACGCCAGAAUCAAGAUUUCUGGAACCGGUGGAAGUCUUCCGUGGGAUCCCCUACGCGUCACCCCCUAUGGGCUCAUUAAGGUUCAUGCCCCCAGUGUCUGGGGCGCAAUGGUCAGGGGUCAAAAUAGCUGAGGAAUUCAGCCCAGUUUGCCCGCAAGUUUUGCCCGACAUAAGGAAUGAGACGGCAGUUUUGAAACGGAUCUCGAAGGGGAGGUUGGAGUAUUUGAAAAGGAUAUUGCCUUUUCUGACGAAUCAGUCGGAGGAUUGCCUGUAUUUGAACAUCUACGCGCCCGCUCAAGCAGGAGUAAGAGAUGCAGUGGCGCGGUACCCGGUGCUGGUCUUCGUGCACGGAGAGAGCUACGAGUGGAGUUCUGGGAACCCUUACGAUGGUGCUGUGUUGGCGUCGCACGCGGGCCUGGUGGUCGUCACUAUCAAUUAUCGGCUGGGGAUAUUAGGCUUCCUCAACCCUCGGUCAGACGACUUCCCUCGGUCUCCAGCCAACUACGGUCUGAUGGACCAGAUAGCAGCACUACACUGGAUCAAAGAAAACGUCGCAGUAUUUGGCGGUGACCCCACUAAUGUCACAUUGAUGGGUCAUGGAACUGGAGCCGCUUGCGUGCAUUUUCUGCUCACUUCGCUUGCAGUGCCGGAAGGUCUGCUGUUCCACAGAGCCGUCCUGAUGUCGGGGUCAGGUCUGAGCCCCUGGUCGCUGGUGGCUGACCCCAACAAGUACGCGGAGUUGGUCGCUACUCACGCCAACUGUUCGCCUGAUCUCACCCCUCCAGCAUUGCUCCGAUGUUUAAGAGAGCGUCCGUUAGAAGCGCUUCUAUCAGCACCGGUACAAGCACCAGACUUUUCUUACGCGUUCGGUCCCAGCGUCGAUGGAGUUGUGAUUGAUACUGGGGACAUGCUCAUCAAUCCGGAGCCAGGCUACGAGUGGCAAGUAGCCCGUGCUCCGCUGGGUAAGGGAGCCACAGCUGUAAACAUCAUCAACGCCGUGCUCAUGCGGAAAAGCGCAGUUGCGCAGCUGACUAAGUACGAUGUAAUGCUAGGGGUAACGAAGGCAGAAGCCUACUUCGCGUUCAGCGGAGACGAUGUCCAAUACGGGAUAGAAGCUGACAGAAGAUCGAAGAUCCUCAAGUCCUUCGUACGGAACACGUACAGCUACCACCUGUCAGAGAUCCUCGCUACAAUCAUAAAUGAGUACACGGACUGGGAGAGACCCGUCCAGCAUCCUAUCAAUAUAAGGGACGAAACUCUAGAAGCACUAAGUGACGCGCAAGUGGUAGCGCCGACGGUUUUGACGGCCGACACACAUUCUGCAUUGAGAAGGAACUCCUACCUCUACGUGUUCGACUACCAGACCAAAUACGGCGACUACCCUCAGAGACAAGGCUGCAUCCAUGGUGAGGAGCUGCCAUACAUUUUCGGGGCACCCCUAGUCGGCGGGUUGGCACACUUCCCGCGUAACUACACAAAAUCCGAAGUAGCGCUGUCGGAAUCAGUUAUGCUGUAUUGGGGGAACUUUGCCAAGACUGGAAAUCCGAAUGAAGCUCAAGAGAGUGAUCCGAUCAGAGCUGGGAGACAAGAACGAGUCAGAAUGAAGAACAUCGAAUGGACGGCGUAUGAAGCGGUCCACAAAAAGUACUUGAAUAUUGAUAUCAAGUCAAAACUGAAGAAUCAUUAUCGAGCUCACAGACUAUCGUUCUGGUUAAACCUAGUGCCAGACCUCCACCGACCAGGUGGAGAAGAUGUUCCUCCGUCGCAUCACCAGCUAGAAAAUGAGGACACGUCUCUACAGCCAACACUUAAAAGUUUUACACCACCGUUCAAGAAGACUACAGAAAUGGUGCUAACAGACACUGGUUUAGCCACCAAAGUUCCUUUGUUAACCGUUCUUAACGUUACAUCGCCAUUAAAUUUUAAUAUAGUGGGGCUUAACUCUAUGACCCCAAGCACUGUUGGGGCAUCAGAGGUCCAUAAAUCAGAAGGUUCUACAGUCGCUCCGCCAGAAGAUGGUUUUGCAGCUUACUCGACUGCUCUUAGUGUAACGAUAGCUAUAGGUUGCUCUUUGCUCAUAUUAAAUGUAUUAAUAUUCGCUGGUGUUUACUACCAGAGAGAUAAAACAAGAAUGAAUGGCCAAGACGGCCACGCGAAUGGCUCGCAUUUGAAGAAAAGAGUAGAAAAUGGUCAGAUGCCGAACAAUAUUUGUGGUGAUUUAGAAGGAGCCCUUUCGUUUCAGACUAGUUUAAAAAAUGAUCCAGCAACAAUUUUGAGCCAUCACCACACGCAUUCACACCAUCAACUACCUCCUCCAGAGUUUGCUGAUUUGCCUAGUAAUAAUGUAGCAGGUAUGGCCACUCUACCGAGAGCACCUCCGCCUCCUAAGAUAGGGAAAAGUAAUAUAAACACGUUAGCAAGCGGUCAGUUGCAAGAGAAUCAGCCCCUGCUCUCGGCACAUCAAAUGCAAAUGAUAAAUACGAAUACAUUGACGAAAAAGAAUACACAGUUGAACGCAAAAUCGAAUGUGACAAUGGAGGAGCUGAGAGUGUGACGCCAGCGUGCCUGACUGCAGCGUGCCGGCAGUUGCAGUGACGUGGUACACCACGACGAGAUCGUGUGACUCCCGCCGGACCUUCUCAAGUGCGUUACAGAUUACAUUUGACUUUCAACGCGCUAAUAAGAAGGCGUUAAUAGUGAAUUUCCAAGACUCGAUGAAUUUAUUAGUGAAUGUGAUGAUAAAACGAUUGUUUUCAAAUAAUAUUAUUACCAUAUCCGUAAAAAAACUUGAAGAUAUAGAUUCUAAAUAAGUUGGAGUGUUUAACGAUGCAUGAGACGUUGUUAAAGUAUUCGUUGUAAAUCUUUGUAUAUACGUAUUGUUUAGGGAAUAUGAUAAAUUUAUGUACAUACUAUACGAUAAUGAGGCGCAGCCGCAUAUCCAUCCUAAUUAUGAUAUUACUAAAGAUCACGUGAUUAAAAUUGAGUGAUAACAGUCUCAGAUUCAAUUAAAAUCUAUAGAGUUGAUGAGUCACUUACAUUAGAUUUGAAAUUUUGUGUGAUGUUAAACAUAAUGUCCUUGCUAGGACUUUAAUACUUAUUAAAGAACGUAAAAAUAAAUUGAAGAAAAAAUUGUAAUAAGAAUAUUCAAAUCAAAAUUAAAAGACACCAAAAUUACUUCCAAUUUAUAUGCAAAAGAGAUAGUUACUUAUUUUUAAUUCAGAUUGUUAACUUUCAUUAAAAAUAAGCAAUUAUCUAAAUUGAGAAACGUAGAUUGCUAAGAAGGAUCCUUAAGAACUCUUUUAGAAGUUUUUCAGUUUUUAGAAAAAAAAAACCAUUCAUUGCGUUGUUAUCUUGUACAUUUUAUUAAUAUGAAUCCAAUACAAGUGUGUUCUUUUAAUUUAAUUUUAGUUUUUUAACAUAGAUGGACCAAUAGUUUUUGUAAAUAUGUAAAUAAUUUUAGCUAACGGUAUAACAGGUUGUAAUGAUACAUUAAUCCUUGUUCAACUAACAAUGACUAAUCAUUGACUGAUUAAAUCUUCAAGUUAAUAGAAUAGUUUCAAUUUCUUUUUAGUUUUGAUUAGCAAUUAUUAUUGUUAGCAUUUUUGCAGUAGGUAACUUCAACUAAAUCUUUAAUUAAGUUUGGAUUGCACUUAAUUUAAUUGACUUUCUGUGAAGCAUAAUUAUUACAACUAUUAUUUACUUCUUUAGUAUGUUUUUAGUUUAGUCAUGUAUCUCUGUCUGUGUGACAGUUUGAAAUUUUAGAAAGAAAUAUUAUUUACUUAAUUUUAUCUGCUUUGAAUAUUCAGAUUUUUGUUUCAGCGAGUAAAUCAUAUCGACUCAUUGAUUCAAAAAUACAUUUUUCUUUUCAUAGUUUGUUAGCGAAUUUCCUUAUAUCUUUAGCUCUGACGAACAUAAUUUCAUCGACAGUGUCUUGUAUUUUUCUUUUUCUGGCUUGUAAGUAAUUUAUUUUCCAAGCAAACGAGAUAGCUUUGUGACCAAAUUAUUAGUCUACUUAGAUUCAAAUUACUUAGCCGAUUUGUCAGUAUUUUGUAACAGUAUUAAAUAGAUCUUCAAAAAUUUUAUUUGCUAUCUUUUUUCAUAGUUCAAACUGUAGAAACAUUAAUUUAACUAUGGUUAUUUGGAUAUUUUCAACUCCAUAUUAUUUAAAAAUUUAACAUAUAACGCAAUGAUAUCAAUUGAAUAGCCCAGUUCAAGAAUCCCUUAAAUCCGUUUUUUCUUUUUAGGAACUGUGAAAUUUUAUGUGCAAAAAUUGCAGUACAGAAAAAAUAGAUCUAUGAUUUUGAAAAUUAUUUCCUCAUAUAUACUGCAUGGUUCUUUGUAAACUCAAAAAGUUCAUUUGAAUUAUUGUCUUCAGAAACACGCUUAUGAAUAUUAUUGUAUCAGCAAAAUGGAACAUUUGUUUUAUACAGUUGUUUUAGAUAAGCAAUUACUUAUUGUUUCAUAAAUAUUUCAGUUCGAUUGAAAAAUACAGUCUGUACAGAGACUUACAGAUAACUAAGUUACUUAAUGCGGACUAAAAACUUUAAUAAAAUAAAUUAAAAAGUAA